AUGUUAGCAUAUGAUGCUCCUGCAGAUUCCCUGGACGAGUGCCUCCGGCUAGGGGAGAGUACCAUCAUUGAGAGCAUGAGGCGGUUCGUGCGUGCUAUUGUCGAGGUGUUCGGUGACGAGUACCUCCGUGCUCCGAACGAGGAGGACACUGCUCGAUUGCUGGAUAUGAACCAGCGUCGAGGGUUCCCCGGGAUGCUUGGAAGCAUUGAUUGCAUGCAUUGGAGGUGGAAGAACUGUUCAUUGAACGACAUCGAUGUGCUCCACCGGUCACAUCUCCUCGACAACCUUGCUGCUGGUGUAGCACCCAAGGUACACUACUCCAUUAAUGGACACCAUUACACAAUGGGGUACUAUCUUGCAGACGGCAUCUAUCCGGAGUGGGCGACGUUUGUGAAGCCCAUACAAGCUCCAGUUGGCAGGAAGCGGCAACACUUCGUGGUGCAGCAGGCGGCUGCACGAAAGGAUGUUGAACGGGCAUUUGGAGUAUUGCAGUCUCGAUUUUCCAUAGUUCGUGGAGCUGCGAGGUUCUGGGAUCAGGAGACCCUGAAUGACAUAAUGACGGCCUGCAUUAUCAUGCACAACAUGAUAAUUGAAGAUGAGAGACCGGAAGGGAAAGUCGAAUAUGUGUACGAGGGUUCGGGUGAGGACGCGGUGCCGUUCCACGAACCAACCCCCCACUUGAAGCAUUUAUGCAAAGGUACGGGCGAAUUAGAAGUCGACCGGCUCAUCAUCAACUCUGGGACGACAUAG